AUGCGAAGAAACAGCAACUCGAAAGGAAUGGAAACCACUGAGAACACGAGCGAAGAGGUUAUCGAGCGAUGUCUGGAAUUGCAAGCCACCGAGCUGGAGACCUUACUCUCGAUCUACUCCAGUUCGGCCGUCAAGAGACUCCCGAGCACCAGCACGAGCACAACGACCAUCUCGAUCUCGAUCCAAAUCGAUCUCUUGAAGCCUGUCCCGGUAACGAGUGAUUCCGAUGGGGGCCAGGAAGACCCUUCGUCGAGGGACAGUCCCGUCGAGCGAUCGACGGCCGAGCUCCGUUUCCUGCCCCCGUUCGAGUUAGUGGCACGCUUGCCGAAGGGAUACCCAUUGAUGGAGCCGCCGAGACUGACGAUAGUGAGCGACUGGGCCCGGCGGAGGGAUGUGGAUCGGGGCGAGGAAGAGAUCGGAGGGAUGUGGACGGCCUGGAGGACGAUGGACGAGCAGGGAAGGAGCGUGGGCCAAGAAUGUCUGGGGCUCUGCGUCGACUGGCUCGAACAUGACUGGCUCCUCCCCAUCGCCUCUCCUCUCAUCCUCUUCAGAAACUUCAUCCCUUCUCCCCAUUGGACCCGCUUCCGAGAGCACGACCUUAGCCUCCGUCAUCUCGAGUUCUUGAAUCGGGACUUCGUCUGCCCCAUUUGUCUCGACACUCGCAAAGGCAGACAGUGCAUAAAACUCGAAUAUUGUGGACAUAUAUUCUGCCAAGAAUGCCUGAAAGACUUCUUCAGUCUGAUGAUCAAAGAAGGCGAAGUGAGGAAGAUCGGAUGUUGCAAGGAAGGAUGCACGAAAUCCGGCGCAGGGAUCGGGCCAGAGGAGCUAGAAGAACUGGUCGGGCGCGAUCUGCGGAUCAGAUACGAGUCUCUCGUCCUCAAACUCGCCCUGGAUUCCGACCCUUCUAUCACGCUCUGUCCAAUGCACUCCUGUCAGUCUUUGGUCUCCCCUGACCUCGCACUGGACGGGACUAGGUCCGAACAUCUUAGGGUCUGUCUGCGAUGCGGUUACUCGUUCUGCUUUGUGUGCAAGAAAACUUGGCAUGGCCCCACGAACAAAUGCUCGAUCCCAUACCUCGAUCGACUGAUUGAAGAAUAUUUAGAUGAACAAUCGUCGAAUAACAAGAGGAUCGAAAUCGAACGAAGGGUAGGAGGGCAGAAGAAGUUACAGAAACUGAUCGAUGAGUAUCUCGAGGAACGUGCGAAUCGGGAGUGGAAGACUGCGCAUACUACUACCUGUGUGACUUGCUUCAUUCCUGUGGAAAAGAGUGAGGGUUGUAAUCAUAUGAUUUGUACGAAAUGUCAGACUCAUUUCUGUUUUCGAUGCGGACUUAAACUGUCUCCAACUCAACCGUAUCUGCACUUCUCGACUCCCGAAAGCGCUUGUUUCAAUCAACUCAUGAAUAUUUCUUAA